ACUCACCUCCAACACACAGACAGACCACGAGCCCGUCGAAAUGGCGUAGAUCACUCACUUGCUAUUCCCAACCGCAGAGACUCUUGUUGGUUUUUCUAAGUCUGCAAGGCUACUACUUCCUUUUCGCUUUCCCCUUCAUAUACAACUGUUCAUUCCUUCAAAAAUGAAAACACGAAUACUUUUGCCACUUACGCAGCUUGUCCUUGCCGCCUCCGCCUCCAUUGAGUUCACAGCACCGGCCGCUGGAGCGGUUCUAAAAGGCGGGGACACCCUUGUCGUGGAAUGGCAACAAUUAUGGAAUAAUUCAGAGGUUUCCGACGGGACCCGGUUUGACAUUUUUCUUUGCGCGGGUGGGAACCACGAAGAUUCCUAUGGCCCAUUGAUACACGUAGCGAAAGACAGAUCUUUUGCCCAGGGAAACUCCAUAUCAUUUCCCCUCGCUGCUGGUAUAGGCGGAAACGAACCCAAUGCAUAUUUCCUCCAAAUGGUCAUAAACAACCCUAACGGGCUCGACCUUUUCCACUCCCCCCGCUUCACCCUCAUAGGAAUGACCGGCACCUUCCCGGGCAGGCUGCUAGAUGGCAUAAAGGCCAUCUCCGGCGUCACGGAUAGCCCACCAGUUCACUACAAUCAAUUGGGCAAACGACAAGCAAAUCUGCCUUAUGGGCUCCAAACGGGCCCGACACGCUAUGCGCCCAUGGCCAAACAGCCCCCGACCAAAAUCACCCUCAGGACCGCCUCACCCCAAUAUCCCCAAAGCCCUUUUCAUAUUGCAAAAACCUACUUACCUCCACCUUCUGUCCAGACGACGCUUACUGCGAAAGCAACGUUUAAGGUGGCUAGUAUAGAGAAUACGGCUGCGCCCGCUCCUGUUGACGACGAAAUUCAGAGAUAUUUGAACAGGUGGAAGGAUUAA